AUGACCGUCGCCUGGGCCCUACUCUUCGUCAUGAUCUGCAUGGGACUGCGCUCGAUGAAGAAGUUCUCGACGCUGAUGCUGGCUGUGCGGUUGACGCUGCUGGCUGCGUUGUGCGUGGCUUCAUCGUCGCUUAGUGGAGCGGGGCAUGGCGUACUCGUGCUACUGCGUCCGGACUUCUCCAAGGCCUACUCGGAAAAGACGUGGGUAUCGGCGUCACAGCACAUGUUCCACAGCAUUGGCCUCUCCGUGGGAACGCUCUCCUUCUUGGGCAGCCACAAUCGGUUCGACUGGCCCAUUCUAGGAACGGCCGUCCGAAUCACCACGGCGGACUUUUUAUUCAGCCUGUUCGCUGCCUGCACCGUGUUCAGCAUCUACGGACACCUGACUGAUGCGUUCCCUGUGGAGAUCAUCGACCUCGCAUCUUGGGGAACGAAGUACGCGUUCGUGACGUUCCCCGAGUGCGCCGAGUUUCUGCCGUGGUCGCGACUGUGGAUGUCCGCCUUCUACGUCAUGAUAGCCGUCGGCACUCUUGGUAGUGCGGGCAUUGUGUCCAACUUUCGUUCGCCUGUGUCGCACGCCGUGUACACAGACAUUGUUCCGUGGAUCGGUUUCGCUGAAACCAUCACCGUUGCCUACGCCUACGGUCUCGAGCGCUUCGCCGACGACGUGUAUUUCACUUUUAACGAGCGUCCGCAAGUCUUUCUUCAAUUCUGCUGGCGCUGCAUCUGCCCGACUACGUUAAUGCUCAUGAGUUUGGUUUCGCUGGUUGCAAGAGCGAGCUUGUUGCGCACUGCACCGCCUGGGUCCGAGUGGGCGAACCCGGUCAUCAUGUUCGUUUUCGGCUCUGUCAUCGUGAUCGUCGGAGCGUUUGUGCUCCACGCCCUGGCCGAGAAUAAAUACGACCUGUACGCAGCCAUGGAGCCAGAGCCGGGCUACGGCCCUAAGGACCCGGACCAGAUGGCGCGGUACGUCGCCUUCCUGGCGGAAAGAAACGCCCUUCCAGCCGGGAGACAUCCUCUGUCGUCCUCGUCGAAGGCCAGUUUAGCGAGGCCUUCGAUGGCCCUCGAGCACGCGAACGAGGAAUACUUCGGGGCUCAAUAUACGGAGGUUAUCGAGUCCGCACCCACCGUCAACGAUAAGUCGCCCGACGUGAUCGCCAACUUUCAAAGAGCGAAUGCCGCGUCGGACGCCUUGGUGUUGCCGACAACCAGCACGGUUCCCACCACCGCGACGGGGGACACUUCUCGAGCCACGACGACGGCGACUAAUACGGCCCUUGAACCCACGACGGCGACGACGCUGAACGAUGGGAAGGACACUUCGAAUACGCCGGAUCACGUAGAUAAAGUGAACAAGCCAUAG